AUGUCUUCCAUCGCGAAUCAGGAUGUCCCUGAAAAGACACCUGACGACUCUUCUAAAUUGAAAACCUUUUUGUCUAUCCUUCGAAAGUUCGUCGGUGUGGCCGACAUCGCCUCUGUUCGUUUCUCCUUGCCGGCGCAUCUCCUGGAGCCAACGCCCAACCUAGAAUACUGGAACUACUUAGACAGACCGGAGGCCUUUGCAAGCAUCGGUCAAUCGGACGAUCCGCUGGGGCGGACGCUGGAAGUCUUGAGGUUCUGGUUCACCAAAGACUUGAAAUAUAUCAAGGGCAAACCGUGCAAGCCGUAUAAUUCCACAUUGGGGGAGUUCUUCAGGUGUAGCUGGGAAGUAGACCAUACGCUUCCAGAAUUGCCCACGACUUCCCAGGCGAGCAUAAUAGACGCAUCAGACGCGAGGAACACCAUUGGGGAACGGCUCAAGAUAUGCUACUUGACAGAGCAGACCUCUCACCAUCCACCGGUGUCGGCCUUCUUUAUAGAUUGUCCGGAUCGGGGAGUCUCAGCUCGUGGAUUUGACCAAAUUAGUGCGAAGUUCACAGGCACCAGUAUCCGAGUUGCUCCUGGCCAGCACAACCUAGGGAUCUUUGUGAACCUUGAACAUAGGGACCACGAAGAGUACCAUCUGACUCACCCUGCGGCACACCUGGGUGGCCUGUUGAGGGGGGCCCUAGCCAUAUCAGUCUCGGACACUUGCUAUAUCACUUGUGCCAAAACUCGUAUCAAGGUGAUCCUGCAGUACCUGGAGGAGGGCUGGAUUGGUCGGGCGCAAAACAAGGUAGAGGGUGUUGUAUUUCGGUAUGAUCCGGAUAAAGAUGUGAUUACAAGGAUGAAAGACGUGCCCGAAGGCGAUGUCCUUGUCAGGAUUAGCGGUUCGUGGCAUGGACAAGUCUUUUAUACGUUGGCCGGUACAAGUGAUCCUCGGGUUUUGAUUGAUGUCACCCCUCUUUUCCCUGUCGCAAAGAAUCUACCCCCUGAGGAGAAUCAACUCUCCAAUGAAUCUCGCAAAUUCUGGGCCUCGGUCACUGAGGCGAUACUCGACAAAAGAUUUGGCCAGGCCACCAAGCUUAAGCAGGAUAUUGAGGAACGGCAACGCCAAAAAGCUGCGGAGCGUCAGAAGAAGAACGAGACGUGGCAACCGCGGUUCUUCACUGGCGCUGUUACACCUUUGGGGAGACCUGAGUUGACCAAAGAGGGCGUCCAGGCACUUGAAGGGGUGCGCAAUGGUGAUUACAAGUUAAAAGAAAGUGAAACGAAAGGUGCAUAAGGGCAUUUUUCUCUUUGGGCUUGUCAGUUGUACAUGAACACAGUUGCUUGGUUCCGGCGUAUGCGAUCAGACACUGUUUUGGCAACAUAUAUAUAGGUAGAGGUAUUCCUUUGGUCUUCCCAAUUCUUUCUUGUUGAUUAUGCGGAGCUUACAGUUCUGUUUAUGCCUAUAGUAUUUGGCGAUUCUAGAUCUCUUUUUCACUUACCAGUGAAGCUUUUAAUACGAGUUGUUUGGCCGGGCUAUUGAUAAGUUUAAGAGUAUCAGCAUAAGGUAUAGUGAUUGCAUUCCCAGCAUACAGGCACUGAUAUACUUAAAAAGCACCCCAACAUAGCAUCACACUAAAUAGAGCCCCAUAGAUUAG